AUGACUUCUUCCUUCUGGGCUUACUUGCCAAGUCCAAUGGCAACAAAUUCUGUACCAGCAGACCAUAUUAAACUGGAUGUUCCCUCUCCAUUCAGUCGAGCUCCUUCGGACCCUCUUCGACAACUCGAGUAUAUAGAAUUCCCUCUCCUUUCUAGCUUUCUAAACAAGUCAAAUCGGUUUCAGAAUUUAGGUGAGAUGAUGACUCUUGGGAUGAAUGAUGCGGCUAUUUCACCUAGUUUUAUUGAGGGAUUAACCCUGGAGGGUCCUGUCGGUCACACUGCACGGAAAAUAGCAUACCUGAUACGAUUACCGACUGAUGAGCACAGGUUAAAAGUGGGGAUUAGUUGGCUUACGAAGUCUGCCAUAGAUUCAGUCGCUUCAUUGCAGACUACUCUUACGAAAGUUCUUUCAGGCUCUUAG